AUGCUGCUGCCCCCAAUACAUCAUUUCUCCAUUGCUGCCUUGCCUCUGCUCUGCCAUCUUCCAGAGGCGCCCAUAAUUUUGACUCUGCAGCAGCGGUUGGGCAUUCUCCUGGGGGUGGCACGAGGGUUGGAGUAUCUGCACAGCUUUGGCCUCGUGCACCGCGACAUCAAGCCAGCCAACAUCCUCCUUGAUGCUCACAUGCAGGCGAAGGUGGCAGACUUUGGGCUUGUACACGUGGGGGAGGGCACGGCAACAACAGGGUUCACGCGAGUGCUGGGAACUGUGGGCUAUGUGGACCCUGCUUACUCCCUCACGCACAACGCCACCACCACUGCUGACGUUUACAGGUGCGCUUGUUCUGCUUGUUCGCCGUGCAGCUUUGGCGUGCUCAUGCUGGUGAUGCUGUCGGGCAGAGGAGCCACCAUCAGUGUGAUGAGUGGCAGUGAGCCAGCCACCUGUGCCACCAACGAGCCAAUCUCCAUCUCCAAAUGGGCAACUGACGUCAUGGCGGAAGGGAAGGCUGCAGUCCUCAGGGAUCCCCGCAUGGAAGCACGUGAAGACAUCGUCAUGCGCCUUGCCCACCUCGCUGUCACCUGCACGGCCAUGCCCACUGCCUCACGCCCCUCCAUGUCCCGAGUUGCCCAACACUUGGAAGCUCUGCAAGAGGAGGCGGGAGGGGGCGAUGAGAGAGCGAGAGCGGCAGCGAGGGUUGACGAGAAGCUGUCGAAUCAGCGGCUACGAAGGAGCAUGGAGGAGGAUCUUGCGUUGCUGAAUAAGCAAGUGAAGCACGAGGGUGAGUCAACGGUUUUCAAGGCACCGACAAGGUCGUCUUUUGAGGCGCCCCAAGAAGAGGAUACGAAGGAGCAUGGAGGAUCGUGCCUUGCUGAAUGA